UGCUAAAAGGUGUAACAAAAAGAAUGGCGAGUCGACUGGUCAUCUUCCUCUCUAUCUCAUCCCUUCUCCUCUUUCCUCUCUUCAUCACCCCAUCACUAGCCAAAACUCCAACAUCCUCCGAUGACGAUGACGAAUUCCUCAGCUUCCUCGAAGACUACGAGGAAUCAACCGAGCCAGACUUCGAGAAUCAUGACGAAACUGAGUUCCCUUCAGCGCCAUUUGAUCACGCGGAGGAGGACGAGGAUCUUAAGAUUGAUGACAAGGAUGUUGUUGUAUUGACUGACAGGAAUUUUAGUGAAUUUGUGGAUGACAAUAAGUAUGUGAUGGUGGUGUUUUACGCUCCCUGGAAUGGCCAUUGUAAGGCCCUGGCUCCAGAGUAUGCGGAUGCUGCAACGGAGCUGAAGAUGGAGAAUGUGGCGUUGGCAAAGGUUAAUGCCAUUAAGGAAUAUGAGGUGGCUGAUAACUACGAUGUCCGAGGUUUUCCUACGAUUUUUUUCUUCGUUGACGGUGAUCCUGAACCUUAUAAUGGCCGAAAAACCAAAAAUGCAAUUGUGACUUGGAUAAAGAAGAAAAUAGGACCUGGCAUUUACAAUAUAAUGACAACAGAGGACGCAGAGCGUGUAUUAACCUAUGAGGACAAAGCUGUUCUAGCAUACCUCGACUCCUUGGUGGGCCCAGAGACUGAUCAACUAGCAGCUGCUUCAAAACUUGAAUAUGAUGUUAACUUUUACCAGACGACAAAUCUUAACGUGGCUAAGCUAUUCAACAUAGAAUCCAAUGCUAAACGCCCUGCUCUAGUCAUGCUUAAAAAGGAACCAGAGAAUGUCGUGCAUUAUGAUGGUCAAUUCAGAAAAUCUGCAAUAGCUAAGUUUGUUUCUGCCAACAAGCUCCCUUUAGUGACAACUUUUACUAAGGAAAGCGCCCCUUCAAUAUUUGCUAGUCCAAUUAAGAAGCAGGUUUUGCUUUUUGCGACAGCAAAUGAUACGGAUAAGUUGUUCCCAACAUUUCAAGAUGCUGCAAAACUUUUCAAGGGAAAGCUAAACUUCGUAUUUGUCAAAAUGGACGACGAUGAAGUUGGAAGACCAGUAUCAGAUUAUUUUGGGGCUACUGGAGAUGCUCCACAGGUUAUUGGAUACAUAGAAGAUGAAAAUCACCAGAAAUUUAUAUUUGUUGGGGAGAUAACACUCGAGAAGAUUAAGGCAUUUGGAGAUGAUUUUCUAGAAGACAAGCUUAAACCUUUCUAUAAAUCAGAUCCAAUUCCUGAGACUAAUGAUGCGGAUGUGAAAGUUGUAGUCGGGAACAAUUUUGAUGAAAUCGUUCUAAACGAGUCAAAAGACGUGCUUCUUGAGAUCUAUGCACCAUGGUGUAGGCCGUGCCAAGCUCUAGAACCAACUUUCAAUAAACUUGCAUACCACUUCCAUGGCAUUGAGUCUCUUGUUAUAGCCAAAAUGGAUGGAACAAGAAACGAGCACCCUCGUGCUAAGGUUAAAGGAUUCCCAACUCUCCUCUUCUUCCCAGCGGGUUAUAAGAGCAUUGAUCCUAUACCAGUUGAUACUGAACUUACUCUAGUGGCAUUGUACAAGUUUACCGAGAAACAUGCGACUAUCCCUUUCAAGCUUCAGAGACCAGCUUCUUCUAACAAAUCCGAGAGUUCUGCAUCCAAAGCAAGUGCCGGGAGGGAGCCUAGCAACGUCAAAGAUGAAUUAUGAGAAGAGUUUAACUUGUACACACUGACAAUAGUUUUUCUAUCCAUAGUUAGAUUGCCUUUUCUCUGGGACUAUUUAUGUAGUAACUAUGUUUAGGAUAGAAUUAAUUUUAAGAAAACUACUGAAGUUUGGAUACUAGUUAAAAUGAAACUGUACACAAUAAACAUCAAAAUGGAACAAAGCCAUCAAAUGCCACUGUAAA